AUGACACUCGCUCAAACAACACUAAAUGAUAUUGAAAAAAUGCUAAUUGAAACUGCAAAUCAAGCAAAAGAGAUUUAUGACAUUUCUUCUGAUUUUCAAGAAAGUAAUAAAAAUAGAUUACCGAAGUUAGUAGAAAAAUUUGACCAUUCAUUAGGACAAUUAAAUGAAUAUUGUGGAACAGUAGCUGCUGAUGUAAAAAAAGAGUUGGUUCUUCCUUAUCAAGUUUUAAAAGAUAUUGAUGAUGGAUUUAAACCAGAUUCUUAUGGAAAAGAAUGUGUUGAUAUGUUUAGAGCAAAUCAUAAAAAUGAAAGAAUUAGAAGUGAAGGAUUAAAUAAACUUUACGCUUAUUUAUGUGAUGAAAUACGUGCUAAUUUUGAUUCAGAGUUAGCAGAAAAUAUAAUAAAAGAAGCAAACGCAGAUUAA